AACCGACUCUUUGUAACUGAUUCGCUGAGGCGAGGUGGACUAGCCUAGCCGCUUAAUCAACAAUGCACAUAGUAUAUCCAAUCAAAGACUCCUCAGAUGCUCACGUGACUCAACAGGGAAGUCCACGAUGAAGAGUGGACGUUCCUCAGUUUUAUGAAAAGUAUUGCUGAAUCGGAAUCCCCGGCUCUUUCUACACAUUGGAAAGGGUCCAAAGAGAAAAAACACGCUGCACAGUACACCUACCUUACAUUUACUACAAAGCAAAGAAUACUGCAGCUGAACAAUAAGUCGACAUAAAUGGCAGAUACAUGGUGGAAUCAUGCCAUCGUUACACAUAUUCUGGUGGCCCUGUUUGGAAUGGGCUCAUGGAUCUCUGUGAACUCAUUAUGGGUUGAGAUGCCGGUUGUUGUAGGAGUUCUACCUGAAGAGUGGAACUUGCCAGCCUAUAUUUCAGUGCUAAUUGCAUUUGGGAAUUUGGGUCCAGUGGCUGUGACUUUAACCCACCACAUUGCUCCAGGAUGGCUGAAUGAACGCAUGGUCAUCCACAUAAUACAGGUGCUAGCAGUGGUUGCAUCUGUGUUUCUUGCUCUCUUUUGGUCCCAGGUGGUCACAGUUGCCGGAGAGCCAAGAUCUGUCCCAUUCCUGCUGCUUACUUUUAUCCUGUCAUUGGUCUGCUGCACUUCCAACGUCACCUUCUUACCCUUCAUGUUCCGUUACCCCCCACAAUACAUCCGGACAUUCUUUGUCGGACAGGGUCUUUGUGCACUCUUUCCCUGUGUGGUCGCUUUGGGGCAGGGUGUAGGGAAACUAGAGUGCAUUGAGACGGCCAACGGCACAAAGCCCCACCAUCUCAAAGAAAACUUCCCAGCCCAAAACUUCUUCUGGUUCUUGUCUGUGAUGCUGGCGAUUUCGGCCCUCUGUUUCCUGGCUCUGACAUACAGAGUGGUCACUCUGACUACGGCAGAGGAAGUUCAAAAGACUGAGCAGGAAUCAGCGAAAACAGAGGAAGAGACACAACCUUUACAAAAUGGAGAUUCCCCUGUUUCUGAGAAACAAGUUGAAGUUGAAAAACAGGCACCUGUUGUGGCCUUUUGGACGUCACGUAAUAUAUAUCUGCUCCUGUUGCUGGGAUUAUCCAAUGCUUUGACCAACGGUGUGCUGCCAUCCGUGCAGAGUUUCUCCUGUCUGCCUUAUGGCAGCAUGACCUUUCACCUCUCUGUCGUCUUGGGCAACAUUGCAAACCCUCUGGUCUGCUUUGUGGCCAUGUUUGUCCUACUUAGGUCCAGCAUUGUUCUUGGUAUGAUGUCACUGGGAGGCUGUAUUUUUGCUGCCUAUCUCAUGGCCUUGGCUGCGCUGAGUCCCUGUCCACCGCUUUUAGGAAGUCAGUCUGGCAUUGCUCUUGUGAUCAUAUCCUGGAUCAUCUUCACUGGCUUGUUCUCUUACCUGAAGGUUGUAGUUGGGACUCUGCUUCAUGAAGCAGGGCAUGCAGCUUUGCUCUGGUGUGGAGUCUUCAUCCAGGCUGGCUCUCUUAUUGGAGCGCUCACAAUGUUCCCUUUAGUCAGUGUGUACCAGGUCUUCCAGCGAGCCCAGGACUGCACAGACAACUGCAGUUAAUAUUGCAGCACCUGAUUUUACAUUCAUCCCAUGCCUUUAUACAACAGCUUUAGGUGUGAAUCUAAAAUGGAAAAAGAUGGUCAAACUGAUGCCUUCUCAGAACAUUUCAAGUUAAUUUCAGUGCAAAAAGAGCUGCACUUGAUCACAUUGCAUAUCUUUGUGUUACCCAAUGGAACAUUGAGAAUGUAAAGAAUAUGUGGUUGAUACAUUUGAGUCACUUUGAAAGUGUAUGUGAACAUCUUGACCUUGAUCUAGAUUAAGUGAGAAGUGUUUUCAUGCACCAAGACAAGAUCUGUGGUUGGAAAUCAGAGCAGGUCUGAUUUCAUAAUGGAAAACCUCAGUAUCAGCAUGCCCGUAAUUGUUUAGACCAGAAAUCAGAAGUUGGCAGUCUGCUACAAUAUACACUAUCCAAUGAAUAGGCUUACACUAUAUGCCUCAUCUGUGUAGUGUUUUGUUUAUUCCCAACAGCAAACUUAAGUUGCAACAGUAAGUUUAUAUUGUUCCUACCUGAGAAAACUAUGCUUUUUUAUGACUCCAAGAUGAAAUUGUAUUUUGAUGACCAUAAGCAAAAAAAUGUAUAUUAUCACAUUCCAAUAUUUCUGGAUUUAUAUUAAGACACCCAACUUUGUCUGCUGAAUAUCUGGUUUUGUUUAGUUUUAAAUUUUAGUUUUAAUGUACACACAGAGUCUAAAUGUAGUAUUGACAAUAUAUCUAACCUGUCAUACUGUAUCUGCCAUGUUUUACCCUUUUGAUUUUGAAAAUUUUAGAGGCCAGUAUUUUAGGUUAAUCUCAUUUUGCAACUGCUGUUAUCUUACUUUUGUGACAUUUAUCAACAUUUUCAAAAAUUGUGGUGUGUGUAAUUUGGGGCAUUUAGCACUAAUUAUUCUUGGCACUAAUUUCAUGAAUUCAGAAUUUGUAUUUUAUAAACUGGGCUUAAAUCAGAUGUAGUUUCAUGAGAGCUGGAAAAUUGUGUUGAGCACUAACUGCUUUCCUGAUGUCGAUGUGGUAAAAAAAAAAAUCUUUAAAAGGGCAAUGAGGCAAAAAUAUUAUAUAUUUUCAGCCUCAUUAUAAAUCUAAAGAUUUUUUUUUCUCACAGUAGUUAUAUGCUGUUUUAAAUUGUUCACAUGUUCUUAUGCACCUUUUAUAUGCCAUUGUUAUAAGAUCUCAAAACUUUGUAAUUUAAUGGUUCAUUUGACAACAGAGAAAUGUGUGGUGUGAA